AUGAGUCAAAAUGAAAAUUAUAAUUCACAAACUCCAGGACAGAAUGCCUUUCUAUCUAGAAUAUUUGGAUUACAAUCUGGCGAUGUUACACACUCUAUACAAGAUGAAGAAAUGAACAUGUAUCCUUUGACUGGAGACAUACCCAUUGGUAGUACAAGUAGUGGUAGGCCUCAUUUAAGUGACGAAGAACAACGAAUUCCUGAAUCUGACCAGGAAUCAAGUUCACAGGAUGAAGAUAAUGCCAAGUAUGAAUCAUCUUCAAUAGCAGAACCUACCGAUAUGAGUGAUGUGAAUUUAGCCUCUUCAUAUUUACCAAAUCAUGAUAAUAUAAAUGCUAGUACGAGGGUUGAAUCGAUACAGAAGAUAGGGCAACUAUCUUCGGAUGAGGAAGUAUCUGAAAACUCAAGAGCGUUUGAUAAUGAGAGUGCAGACGAGGAUAUGCCCUUAUUCAAUAUACCAAAAGAUGAACAAUCUAAUAAGAAAAUUUCUCAAUUAGAAGAUAAUAAAGAUCAGAACACUUUGGAUACUUUGAAUACUAAUCACACAUCAGUUAACGACACAAAUAAAGGUAUUCCAUUCUCUUAUAAGGUGUCGUCCAAAUCUGAUAAACGAAGUAGGUUCAAGCCUAGUAUCUUUCAAAUGAAAUCCAAAAAGAAUGGUGUUAAUAUGAUGAAAAGUUUUUUGGUAGAUGAUAAUGAUAGAAAAAAAAGAAAUACAACUAGAAGGCCUACAAUAUUUCCAAACAUAUCCAUGUUAAACAAAAAAAGUCUUUAUAGAGUAGAUAAUCUAAGUCCCACAGAAGCAGCUCUUUGGAAAUGGGCUAAUGUUGAAAACUUAGAUGUUUUCCUACAGGACGUCUAUAAUUAUUACUUAGAAAAUGGAUUUACUUGUAUAUUUCUUCAAAAAAUAUUGAAUUUGUUAACUCUUUUAUUUGUGGUGUGGGUGUCCACAUACCUUGGUUAUUGUAUUGAUUAUAAUGGGUUGUCUGGUUCACAGAAGCUUAGUGACGUUAUUGUAUCGCAGUGCUACAAAACACGAAUUACUGGGUUUGUAAAGUUUCUUUUAUGGAUAUUUUAUGGGUUUGUUGUUCUAAAAGUAUUCCAAUUAUACUUUGAUUUUAAGAAACUGAAAGAAAUGCGUAAUUUUUACACAUAUCUAUUAGAUAUAUCUGAUGAUGAGUUGCAAACAAUUCCAUGGCAGAGUGUUAUAAAACAAUUAGUAUUCCUUAAAGAUCAAAAUGCAUUAACGGCAAAUGUCGUAGAAGUAAAGGCAAAGAACAGGAUUGAUGCACACGAAGUAGCUAAUAGAAUAAUGAGGAAAGAAAAUUACUUAAUUGCUUUAUUUAACAGCGAUGUACUGAAUUUUUCUUUACCGUAUCUUCCAUUUGAUACAGGUGCUUUAACAAAGACCUUGGAAUGGAAUAUCAAUCUUUGUGUGAUUGGGUUUGCAUUUAAUGAUGCUGGAUUCAUUAAGCAAGGUUUCCUCAAGCCUUCGCAGAGAGAUUAUAUGGUAGAAGAAUUACAAAAGAGGUUUAUGCUUGCAGGGUUCUUGAAUAUCUUACUUUCACCCUUUUUGGUGGCAUAUUUCGUCCUGCUGUAUUUCUUUAGGUACUUCAACGAAUAUAAAAACUCACCUGGUUCCAUGGGGACCCGCCAAUAUACGCCAAUGGCUGAAUGGAAAUUCAGAGAGUAUAAUGAAUUGUAUCAUCUCUUUAAGAAAAGGCUGGGCUUGAGUAGGAAAUUAAGUAACAAAUACGUCGAACAAUUUCCUAGAGAAAAGACUAACAUAAUUAUGAAAUUCAUAGCAUUUAUUUCUGGUUCCUUUGCCGCAAUACUGGCUUUAUUGACUAUAUUUGAUUCCGAAAACUUUCUAAAUUUUGAAAUUACUAAGGAUAGAACUGUAAUUUUCUAUAUAACCAUUCUUGGUACUAUAUGGUCAGUUUCAAAUAGCGCCGUAUCGAACGAAUACAACGUAUUUGAUCCUGAGGAAACAUUAAUGGAGUUAGCUCAAUAUACACAUUAUAAUCCUGAUGAUUGGAAAGACAGAUAUCAUACCGAGUAUGUGAAACAAGAGUUUUGCAAUCUCUAUUCUUUGCGGAUUCUGAUUUUAUUAGGAGAAUUGACAAGUAUGAUAUUGACACCCUUUAUUCUUUGGUUUGCAUUACCACAAUCAGCAGAAAAAAUUGUGGAUUUUUUUAGGGAAUCAUCAGUUUAUAUUGAUGGUUUAGGUUAUGUUAGCAAAUAUGCAAUGUUUGGAGUCCAGGGUCGAGAUAAUAUUGACUUUCAAACGAAAAGCACUAAAUUUAAAGGACAAAACUUGGGAAAAGGUGAUAUUUCAAAUUCUUUGCAUUCACUUUCUGAUGAAGAUGAAGUUAAUGCACCUGCACUCAAUAAAAUGAUGCAAUCUUACAUGUAUUUUAUCGACGAUUACGAAAAUGUAGAAAACAUUACUGGUAAAUACCAGCUUCCGAACAAAAGGGUGGGAAAGAAUAUUCCAAAGAAUAUUCCAAAUGACGAUUAUUCUUGGAAGAAGCAAUUCAAACCUGGACAAAAUCCAGAAUUAUUUACCAUAAGUAGAAACACACAUCCAUUGGGCACGCAGCAAUCACGUAAAUUUGCUAAAAUGAGGGAUAAUUCAGACACAAUUGACUCGACUCUGGAUUCUUUCAUAAUACCUGGGAAUCCAAAUGAUCAAAAUAAUAAUGUAGAAAUGGAUAAAUCAACUGGAGUUUUCAAAUUGGUAAAAGAUUAUUACAAGAAGUCGGAUAUUGGAAGAUAA